UUUGGGUACAUCUUUCUAGGAUCUUUUGAUCGGGCUAUCGCGGUGACUGUGGAGGUUGGAAUAUCGUGUUGUUGGUCGUGAAGAUUCAAGUAUAAAGGAGCAACACUCUCGUCAUUAGAUAUCAGUUCCUCUCAGCAGUCAGACUCAAACAAAUAAACCAAACCAAUAAAGAACAUCUUCGAAUAACUCACCAACUGCCAAAAUGAAGUUCCUCCCUCUCGCAGUCGCCCUCUUCGCAACCCUCACCGUUGCCGCGCCGUCCUCCCCAAGCGACAUCCAAGCCCGCUCAUGUGUCUGCAAGAAAGUCGGCGACGACUGGAUCUGCACCGGCACCAAGUGCUACGACAAAGUGAAGCGCGACCUCGUCCCUCGCCAGUGCUCAUGCCACAAGAUCGGCGACGAGUGGCUCUGCGGCGGCCCCAAGUGUCCCCGCGACCUUCCCGAGGAGAACAAGCUUGCGAAGAGACAGUGUUCGUGCCACAAGGUUGGCGACGAGUGGUUGUGCGGUGGUCCCAAGUGCCCGAGAAGUUUGCCCGCUGAGGAGAGUGGGUUGGAGAAGAGGCAGUGUUCUUGUAAGAAGGUUGCUGGGGAGUGGAUUUGCAGUGGACGAAAGUGUCCUCGGGACUUGUCGCACCUUAUGGGUGAGGAGUAAAUCCUUGUCGAACCCAUUCAUUAUCGCCAAGCGGGAAGCAUCCGGUCGAUCAUCAGUUAAAUCCACCUAUGCGAGAUUGGUGUCUUGGCAGGAACUGGUUGAGAGGGUAAUCACGGAUAGCACCGUAUGAAUAUAUAUGACUUACAAACCAAGCCCUAUUCGUAUUAGUAGUAAAGUGAAAAACGUCUCCUAGCUCGUGAGACGAGCAUCCCAACUACUAGUUCAGAAUUGAGUAGCCAUUUCAAUCGUGUAUUCUUUAUUUAUGUUUCUAUGUAUGAAUGAUAUCGAGAUCAUGCUCUCUCUCGCCCCGUUU